AUGGCCCUCCCGGCGCCGCUGGACGGCGGGUGGCAGGAGGUCUACUCGGCUCUGCAAUGGAUCCAGUUCACCAUGGCCUUGCUGAGUGUUAUAGGUUCCAGCUCCAUCAUUGCCUACGCCGUCUUCCAAAACGCCGUGCGGUCGCCCGAGGUUCGCCCUCUGUUCUACCUGAGCCUCUCGGACCUGCUCCUCAGCAUGUGCUGGCUGGCGGGGGCGCUUCUCUCCAGCACGCCCACGUCCCAGCAGGAUCUCGUCUGCUACAACCUGCAAGCGACGGGACAGAUAUUCUACGUGGCCUCUUUUCUGUACACUGUCAACUACACUUGGCAUCUGUACGUGGACCUAAAGAUGAAAUACAAUCAGAACCUUUACAGGACGUCUCCCCUGGUUGUAGAUUAUGCGAGUUACAUUGGCCGAGCAGCAACAAUCUUGUCCAGCCUGAUCCCUUUUCUUCUGAUGGUGCCCGUGUUUUGCCUGGGGAACAGCAGCAAUUGCUAUCAGAACUUCAGCCAGAAGCACGGAUGCCUCCUGAUGCACACAGAAAUAGCUGUGCCCCCAAACGAGCUCCUAACGCUGAGUGGCUCUGUUUGCCAUGUCAUGUAUUACUAUGGCAUUGGAGUCUUCCUCGUUUCCUUUCUGAUCAGCUUCACAGCCAUUCUGGUUAUCCUCGUUCAAGCCCGUGGUUUGUACAAAAGGUUUGUAAACUCCACAGGAUUCUUGGGAGACCAACAGUGGGCAAUGAUUAAGGUGGUGGAGCAACGAGUGGUUUUCUACCCCAUCGCGUUCUUCUGCUGCUGGGGCCCAGCUGUUCUUCUUGGAAUACUGAAGCUGAUAGUUUCAGCAAGCAACAAAGUCUACAUGGCUCUUUUUAUUCUACAGGCCCUGACAGCGGCUUCCCAGGGGCUCCUGAACUGCCUCGUGUAYGGCUGGACGCAGCACGUCUUGCUGUCCCUCAAGCGCAGCGCCUGCCGCGAUGUCGACACGCAGACCCCUCUCUUGCGCUCCCAGAAGAGGUUCUACGCCAGCACKCUCCCUGCCAGCCCCCCGGACACGGAGGUGCCCCCCACGUCCACCCUGCUGUGACAGGUUCCUGUGUGGCAAGAAGCUUGAGCAGCCUCCCAGUGGUGCCUUGUCUGGUUUCAGCAACAGCAGCCAGAAACGCUCCUGAUUUCCUUGCUCUGAACUGUUUCAUCAUCAACAAAGGUAAAUUUAAUGAAGGAAAAGCCCGAGCAGAUCUGUCAGAGACAGCUGCUUUUCAGGGUCGUUAUUUAUUUUUAGAGAUUUGUAUGGACUUUAAAUAGAUUCUAUAAAUGUGGUAAAUCUUUAAUACAGACUCUCUCCUUAUGGAAGUACCACUAGAAAUG